AAAAUGGCAGACGAAUUAGUUGGGUGUAUAUGCAGCUCUCUGGCGGGGUUGAUGGGGGCCGUGCGCGACGCCGUAGCCUCCGCGAAUGCAUUAGGUUCUCCAAGCGACGUGUUACCCUCGGGGGGAGACACCACAGCGGUAGCAUCAGGAUCUGUAGAAGGUGGAAGGGGAGAGCAGGCGACGGCGGGGGGCCUCUCGCCGACUCAGAUUGCCUCCCUGAUUCUCAUCAUGGUCGCAAUUUUUUUCUCCGCGUUCAGGAGCUCCCCUUCAACCCCGGCAAAGGCACCUAGGGGUCACUCUUCCCGAGAAGAUGAUGACGCAAGCCCCCCAGUCGCGUGA